ACCCCAAAACACCAACCUGCAAUGGACCCUUCGCACGACUUACCCUCGCCUUCCGGCUCCACUCCCAACAGUGUCGAGCACAACAGCAACAACAACAACAACCAUGGCCCCGCCUUCAACGAGCCCAUCACAAAGGUCGACGAGGUCUUGUAUUCUGACAUCGGAUUGACUACGCUGCUCACCCGCCUGAAGCAAAGUAUCGCAUCCGCCAGGGACUUCUCCGGCUUCCUCAACAAGCGCUCCAGACUCGAGGAGGAGCAGGCGCAGGGCAUCAAGAAGCUCUGCCGCUCCACCCAUGAGUCUCUGCGCCGCAACGAAGUCCGCCAGGGCACCUAUGCCGCCCAGUUCGAGGAGGCCACCCGGCUCCACGAACGCAUGGGCGAGAACGGCAUGCAGUUCGCGCUGUCGCUGCACCAGAUGCACGAGGACUUGAACGAGCUGUGCAGCAACAUGGAAAAAGGGCGCAAGACGUGGAAGCAGACUGGACUGUCAAACGAGAAAAAGGUCUCGGACGCGAUCGCGCAAAUGGAGAAGGCAAAGUCGAAGUACGACUCUCUGGCCGAAGACUACGACAAGGUCAGGACCGGCGACAAGAGCGCCGGUAGGGUUUUCGGUAUCAAGGGGCCCAAGAGCGCGCAGCAACACGAGGAAGAUCUACACCGCAAGCUGCAGGCUGCGGACCAGGAUUACGCGGCCAAGGUGCAGAACGCACAGAUGUUGAGGCAGGAACUGGUGGACAAGCAGAGACCCGAGGCGGUGAGCGCUCUUCUCGACUUGACCAAGGAGUGUGAUGCCGCCGUCGCGCUGCAAUUGCAGAAAUUCGCUUCUUUCAACGAAAAGCUCAUUCUGGGCAACGGCAUUUUGGUUGCGCCUCUCAACAACCCUGGCGAGCCACCGCAGUCGAGUCUGAGGGACAUUGUCUACAGGGUUGACAAUGAGAAGGAUUUCCAAUCCUACAUCAGGAGCCAAUCCAGCAAAGUCACCUCGCCACCCAUAAUCAUGUAUAAGCAGCACCCGACUUUGGCGCCACCGCCACAGCCAAGUGCAACUCCAGUGCAUACCAAGCCGCCCCAAUUGGGUCCUAUUGAUACCGGCUCGCAUAUGGAGUCUCAGCCUCAGCAGCAGAGCGGCGCUGGGGGAUCAUACUUGAACUAUGAUUCCGCGCCAGGACAAUCGCUUAUGUCGCCGCAGGAUGGUCCGAAACACAACCCUUACUCUUCGCCGACGCGGGAAACCCCGCCGUACCCAAUGUCGUCGAACCCGCCUUACAACGGCUCUAGCGAUGGCUACGGCAUGUCUCCGCCAAAGAGCGCAGGCUUUGGCGGGCCAGUGACUAACGCUUCUUCGUAUGCUAACGCGCCGCCGAUCAAGCCGGUGUUUGGCAUUACGUUGGAGGAGCUGUUCCACAGAGACGGCACCCCCGUGCCCAUGGUCGUGUACCAGUGCAUCCAGGCCGUGGACCUGUUCGGCCUCGACGCCGAAGGCAUCUACCGGGUGCCAGGCACGAACUCGCACAUCCAAGCGAUGAAAGCCAUGUUCGACCACGACUCGGAAAUCGUCGACUUCCGUAACCCGGAAGCCUUCUUCCACGACGUCAACAGCGUCGCAGGCCUGCUAAAGCAGUUCUUCCGCGACCUGCCCGACCCGCUGCUCACGCAGGAGCACUACGAGGCCUUUAUCGACUCGGCGCGCAUCGACGACGACAUUGUGCGCCGCGAUAGCUUGCACGCCAUUAUCAAUGCGCUUCCGGAUCCGAAUUACGCGACGUUGCGUGCGCUUGUGCUGCAUUUGAAUCGCGUGCAGGAUCGUAGCGCGAGUAAUCGUAUGAGCACGACGAAUUUGGCGAUUUGUUUUGCCCCGAGCUUGAUGGGCCCGCAUAGAGGCCAAAUGGCCGACGCGGGCUUGCAGGCCAAGGUCGUGGACACGAUUCUCGUGAAUACGUACCAGAUCUUUGACGAGGACUAAGUUAAGUGGAUCAGUAUGGGUAUGUAAGGAACGGGAGAUAUGGGCUGGGGAGGGGGAGUAAGUUUCUGAAUGCCGGUGUUGGUAAGGAAGGAUAUGCUGUGGUAAUAUGGCUGUUGAGUUGAGUUGAAUUGCGUGGGGAGGGGCUUUUAUAUAGUUGUUGUUGUUGUGUGUUCUUUUUACUUUACUUUUACUCUUGGAGCCGGCGGGCGCUGCUGGUGUUUGAUACCAAUUUACGUUUUAUUAGUGCAUCCUUUGUUUGGAUUGGUUUGGAUUGGUUUUGGAUGUUUGCUGGGUGAGGGUGAGUAGUGGGGUUUUUUGCUUGUUGCCGUUGGUUGGUGGCUGGGGCGGGUUGGGCGUGAAGUUUCUGGUGUAUGUACGUCUCUAUCUCACGCUAUCUAAAUAAAAGAACCAGU